GCAGCUUGCAGGGCGCGGAGCAGUGGGGUGGCAGAGUGAAGACUGACGGGACCCUCAUCCAGGCUGUGAGCCCCCCGGGAUGCUCUGGCAAUGGCCUCUGGAGCCCCACAGAAGAUGGCCCGUGGCACAGAGGGGACCCAGGGCUUCCUGGACAUGCUCCUGCGAGACUUCCCAGCCCCGCUGAGCCUGGAGAGCCCCAUGCCGUGGAAGGCCCCGGGGACUGUGCUCAGCCAGGAAGAAGUGGAGGCCGAGCUGGUGGAGCUGGCGAUGGGCUUCCUGGGCAGCAGGAACGCUCCGCCACCUCUCGCUGCAUCCUUGGCACACACGGCAGUUUCCCAGCUGCUACAGAUGGACCUUUCGGAAUUUAGGAAGUUGCCCAGGCAGGAGGAGGAGGAGGAGGAGACCUCUGUGACCCUGCUGGAUGCCCAAGGCCUGGCACGGAGUUUCUUUAACCUGCUCUGGGAAGUCGCCAGCCAGUGGCAGAAGCAAGUGCCGCCUACUGCCAGGACCUUGCCGCGACAAUGGCUGGUGUCCAUCCAUGCCAUCCGGAACACUCGCCGCAAGAUGGAGGACCGGCACGUGGCCCUUCCUGCCUUCAACCAGCUCUUCGGCUUGUCCGACCCUGUGGACCGCGCCUACUUUGCCGUGUUUGACGGUCACGGAGGGGUGGACGCCGCGAGGUACGCCGCUGUUCACGUGCACGCCAACGCUGCCCGCCAGCCAGAGCUGCCCACAGACCCGGAGGGAGCCCUUGGGGAAGCCUUCCGGCUCACCGACCAGAUGUUUCUCAGGAAAGCCAAGCGAGAGCGGCUGCAGAGCGGCACCACAGGUGUGUGUGCGCUCAUCGCAGGAACAACCCUACAUGUCGCCUGGCUGGGGGACUCCCAGGUCAUCCUGGUGCAGCAGGGGCAGGUGGUGAAGCUGAUGGAGCCGCAUAGACCUGAGCGACAGGACGAGAAGGCGCGCAUCGAGGCGCUGGGUGGCUUUGUGUCGCACAUGGACUGCUGGAGAGUCAACGGGACCCUGGCCGUCUCCAGAGCCAUCGGAGACGUCUUCCAGAAGCCCUACGUGUCUGGGGAGGCAGAUGUGGCCUCCCGGGAGCUGACGGGGUCCGAGGACUACCUGCUGCUCGCCUGUGAUGGCUUCUUCGAUUUCGUCCCCCACCAGGAAGUCGCGGGCCUCGUGCAGAGCCACCUGGUUAGGCAGCAGGGCAGCGGGCUCCAUGUUGCCGAGGAGCUGGUGGCUGAGGCCCGGGAGCGGGGCUCCCAUGACAACAUCACGGUCAUGGUGGUCUUCCUCAGGGACCCCCGAGAACUGCUGGAGGGUGGGGUCCAGGGGACAGGGGACUCACAGGCAGAUGGGAGGAGCUGCGACUUGCCCUCUGGCCUCUCAGAGCCCCAGACCGAGGCUCCAUGGAGGAGCUAGGUGGUCCUGGCCCUGCCUGGCGCCCCCUCCCGCUCUUGCGAUUCUCCCCUCAGAGUCCUCCGGAGUGCGGGCGGCAGCGGGCAGGGGUGGCCGCCUACACGGCGCUUUCGCCAGCACGCAGGAGCGCUGGAGGUGCUUGCCACGCCCGUCCUGGUGGCUGCGGAACUGCACUGGGCAGAAGGAAGCCGAGGGAGACCUCACCAAAGAGAAGGUGGCCCAGGAAAGGGACAAGCUCCUGCUCCUGGCUCCCACUGGGCCAGGGACGGGACCAGAGGCCACGGGUGCCCGGUGGGAGCCAAACCAAAGACACUGGUGUGUGGUGGAGCAACGCGGUUGUUGGGGUGGGACCCUCGAGCCGACCCAGGAGCCACAGGCUUCUUCACGCGUGUUCUGGGGCCGGGCACACAGGCAGGGUGUCCAGCCU